AUGGGCAAUGGGAACGUGACCGUCAAUACCGACAUCAACGUUACCCAGCAGUCUUCAUCGUCUUCCGCACCAGCAUUAAAGCCUGCCGCAUCACCAGCUUCAAGCAGUGGCUCAUCUGGGCAAAAAAAGAAUCGCCGCAAACCUCAGAAAACGACAAAGAACAGAAAUCGAUCGGGGUCUCCUGUCAGUGAUGGGCCGUCCCCGGGCAGAUCUCCAAGCCCUACCAACGCCCCAACUCAAACGUUCUACGAGGCAUUUCAAGCGUCAGGGCCUCGAGUUCCGAAUGGUGGUUCCCAAGAAGAAGUCGCACAUUCAUCGAGCCGCGUGAAUGGCCCAAAACCGGAUAGUAUCCUGGUUGAAGACAUGCAGUAUAUUACUGUGGAAGAGGACAUGAAGGCAAUGCCUGUCAGCUCUUAUGGCGACGCUGAUGUUGAUGCUGCAUCAGGUUUGAAGUCGAUCAAGCGUGAGGCCGUUGUUAACCCAGAAGUCGAGAGUUUCGUGACCUCGUUGGUGGAUACAGUGGUGGAGAAGUUGGCUCGAAUGGCUACUGCCGAAUCUCCUUCUAAUGAGGCGGUUGAUGGGUCGUGUUCGAGUGUGCCCAACAAGUCUACGGUUGCGGCAUGUGACGCUGUGAAAGGAGAGGAUAAAAUUCCACCUACUGUGGGUGCCAAUACGAGUAAGGUUGCUGUCAGCAAGGAGAAGGAAAUGCUGAGUAACUCUGGUGACGCAAGUAGUGGAGCUACCACUCGCACAGGGCCACAGCUUUUCGGGAGCAAUGGCGAGUGCGAGGACAUUCAGACGUCGUUGCAGAAAAUGGAAAGGUACUUGGACAAGUUGAAGGCGCUAGCAGCAAAGUCUAACGAAGAAGACAACGACAAAGCCCUAGUCGCUGCGAAGCCCGAGUCGGAGUCGACGCUGAAGGUGAAGGUUGAUAUCGCACCCGAGAGAGAUCAAGAUGUGUACUUGACUGCAUUGCGAACCAAGUACGGUGCGGGUGUUAGCGGGUGCGCGGAACAGGUGAUCACUUUGGUGGACUAUUAUCGCGACUUUGAGAGGCGCACCGACCUGAACGAGAUCUGGAAAAUGCGGAUAACGAAGUUGGAGAAGAUCGAGAGCUCUCUCUCAGAGUACGUCCAAUUCCUGAACAUCCCUGUCGCCCUUCGACAGGAUUUCAUCAAGGUAAAGGGAGCCCUGUUAGUUUGGAGAUAUAAUUAUGCGGAAACUUAG